AUGUUUAAGCAAUUAAACCCAGAAGCCCAAGAGUGCCUUCCCCACACCUUCCCCAGUGACAACUGCUACCAGAAACCACAUCUCCCAGCGCUGCCGGCGCCACGGUUUUUUCCGGUGCAGUCGCCCUGGUACUUCCAAGAGUUCGGUGCACGAUGGCUCAUUCCGACCGUUACAGGACGAGUUAGUCGCUACAACGCCCAUCUUCAGCCUCAGCCUCAUGGCGUGAAACCCCACUUCCCCAUCAUCCAGUUCGCCGACGAGGCCGCUACCGCUGACAAAUUUGGAAGUGGAAAGAAGAAGUUGACGGCGAGAGGGCGUGGUGAGAGUUAUUGGGGGAAGAGUCUGUUCAGGGGGAAGGUUCAUGGGGCCGUUUGGGUUCCGAAGAAGAGAAAGUCCGGUGUUGAGGUUGUUGGUGACUGUAUCCGCUCGCCUCCUUGUCCAACUCUGGAGGAUGGUGUUCCCCUUGCUGGAAAAACCACCGUGAUGAUUAGAAAUAUUCCGAAUCAGUUCAGAAGGCACAUGCUGAUGGAAUUCCUGGACAAUCUGUGUAUGGAUCAAAACCACAAGUCUAAUCAGCUCGGGUCGAACCCACCUCUCUUUGAGUAUGACUUCUUGUACCUGCCGAUGGAUUUCAGGAGGAACAACAAUUAUGGGUAUGCAUUUGUGAAUUUCACAUCUGCCAUGGCUGCAAAUAUGGUUAGCGAGAUUCUGUGCGAUUACAAGUGGGGUGCUUUCAAGGACGUCAAUGGUGGUACCGUUCAUUCUAGGAAAGUGUGUGAAAUCACUUGGGCGAGAAGUCAGGGCAAAGCAGAAAUGGUAGAGCGCUUUAGGAACUCCCAUUUUAUGUGCAGCGACUCAGAGUAUUUGCCGGUGGUGUUUAGGCCGCCCCGUGACGGUGCUAACCCUGCCGCCUCCUCGGUAACCGUUGUUGGGAGGUGCAUGCCGCCUCAGUGAGAAUAGCUGGGGAAAGAACGAGAUUUUCUUCUCCUCAAUAAUCAUUCAGUC